GGACACUGCCCCUGCGUGCUGCAGUGCGCCGCCCCUCAACCAGGCCAGAGCACACGCGCCUCACCUGCCGCCGCGCCGCGUCGUCUCGUCGUCCUCCUCGAACCGCGAAAUUGAAAUCCCCAAAACCCUAGCUGCCCGGCGCAGCUCCCCCCUCCCGCCUCUCCGCGGACACCCGGCCUCUUGUACAGAGCACCGGAGGCGGCUGUAGCCUAGCAGGCGGGCCAUGGCGUCGACGGUGCUGGAGGCGACGCGGGCGGCGCAUGAGGACCUGGAGAGGCUGGAGCGGCUCGCGGUACGCGAACUGCAGCGGGAGCCUGCCAACCCGCGCGACCGCCUCUUUCAGUCCCACCGCGUCCGCCACAUGCUCGACCUCGUCGUCUCCACCUCCGACAAGCUCGUGGAAAUCUAUGAAGACAAGGACAAUGCUAGGAAGGAUGAGAUCAACACUCAUCUUACUGCUCCCACGCAAAGUGGACUGUUUAGCAAGUACUAUGAAAGGCUCAAAGAGAUCCGUGAAUAUCAUCGGCGGAACCUAUCUGCCCGUUUUGUCAGUACAACUGAUGACUUUGAAGAGCUUCUAAAGGUGGAACCAGUUAUUGAAUUCACUGGCGAGGAAACUUUUGGCCGUUACCUAGACUUGCAUGAGCUUUAUAACGAGUUCAUAAAUUCCAAGUUUGGAACACCGAUGGAAUACUCGGCUUAUGUUGGCUGUUUCUCCCAGACGGACAAGAUCUCACAUAGUCAUAAGGCUACCAGACAAUACAGAGAAUACUUGGAACACGUUUUGGAAUAUCUGACAUCAUUUCUGUAUCGCACAGAGCCAUUGCAAGACAUUGAGAAGAUUUUUCUAAAGCUGGAGAGUGAAUUUGAGGAACGAUGGGCCAAUGGAGAAAUACCUGGAUGGGGAAAUAAAGGCACAGAAAAGGAAUCUGAAAUAGAUCUUGAUUACUACAGCACAGUUGAAGAACUUGUUGAGCUUGGCCCAGAAAAGUUAAAACAGGCUUUAGCUGCUCGUGGUUUGAAGAGUGGUGGUACUGUUCAACAGCGCGCGGAGCGGCUUUUCUUGCUGAAGCAUACACCGUUGGAACAACUGGACAGGAAGCAUUUUGCCAAAGUUCCACGUACUAAAGAUGGCUCAAACACAUCUUCUAACGACAACAAUGUUAAGGAUGAUACGAAGAAGGAAAUUGCAUUGAUGGAAGUAAAGAUGAGGCGCCUUUGUGAGCUGCUAGAUGAGGCCUUUGUAAGGACAAAGGAAAAUGCGGAGAAGAAGCUUACACUAACGUAUGAAGAGAUGGAAGCAGAACGGGAGGAGGAGGAGGUACAAGCUGACACCGAGAGUGAUGAUGAAGAACAACAAAUCUACAAUCCUCUCAAGUUGCCAAUGGGUUGGGAUGGCAAGCCUAUCCCCUAUUGGCUAUACAAGCUACAUGGCCUUGGGCAGGAAUUCAAGUGUGAGAUAUGUGGAAACCAUAGCUAUUGGGGGCGAAGGGCUUAUGAGCGUCAUUUCAAGGAAUGGCGUCAUCAGCAUGGGAUGCGAUGCCUUGGCAUUCCUAAUACUAAGAAUUUCAAUGAAAUCACAUCCAUUGAUGAGGCGAAAGCACUCUGGGAGAAAAUUCAAGCACGACAAGGAGUGAACAAGUGGCGGCCAGACCUAGAAGAAGAGUACGAAGAUCAGGAAGGCAACAUCUACAACAAGAAGACCUACACUGACCUGCAGCGUCAAGGCCUGAUCUAAAAUUCUAGUUCUAGGGGCUCCUGCUGGUUAAAUUUUCAGGAUCAGAACUCUGUUUCGAUAUUUGUUGCAACUCUGGAUAUAUUGGCUCAUUUGGCAUACAUUUUGCGUAGUAAGAUGAUAUGAUGAUACUCCAGAGUGAAAUCUCAUGUUCGGCUGCCUUUGCUUUCAAUCUCACGUUGCUCA